ACGGCUACCGCUAUACCCACACCCGUUCGAAACUUCGGCAAGCGUGGUCUUGCGUACAAUCAGGCCAAUCUGACCAUGCCAUUCUCUCUCGACGGUCAGAACAGUCAGGUCUCAUGGGCCUACGACUGGUACUACGCUCCAUGCAGCACCCCUGGUGUGAACAACUGCAACUUCAACCCGGCUCUCGAAUUUGUUCCUCUUCUUUACAACAAUGACCCGAACCUCCUCAGCAAAUGGCCAGCUGCAGCGCAAAUUGCCAUCGACAAUGGUUCCACAGCACUAAUGUCAUUCAAUGAACCCGACUUCUGUAUCGCAGGAAGUGCUUGUAUGAGCGUUUCCACAGCUGUCUCCUACCACAAGCAGUAUAUGCAGCCAUUUGCUGGCAAAGCCCUUAUUGGUGCACCUGCCAUUACCAACGCUGGUGGUACCGACCAAAACCCUAUGGGCUUGAAGUAUCUCCAAUAUUUCCUCGGCAACUGCACAGGCUGCACCAUCGACUUCAUCAAUCUUCAUUGGUACAGUAACAAGUAUGCCGGAGCGUCUUACUUCGAGUCUCACGUCAAUGCCGCACGCGCUGUCGCUGGUGGACGUCCUAUCUGGAUUACGGAAAUUGGCUUAGACAACGAGUUUAGCUACACGGAUGCAGAACUGCAAGCUUUCUUGCAGAAGAUAAUGCCGUGGAUGGAUCAACAACCGGAUGUUGCAAGAUAUGCUUACUUCAUGGAUUCUCCAGGUAUCUUGAUAAACAGUGCAGGCAAUGCUAUCAGUGGAACUGGCAUGGUGUACAACAGUUUUACUAAUAGUACG